GAAGCGAAAGCCGCAUGAUCAAAUGCAAUACUACAGAGAUAAUUCCCGUGGAGCCGGAAGUGAUUAUUACAGCGGGCAACAUGGGAACUGGAAAAACCAUCCCCACAGUCAAGACCAUGUUCUUAAGAUGCCCCCAAGCACCAACGUGAGUUCAGAGCACGGGUGGCCAAUAGCACCACCACCUCCCCCACCACCUAUGGUUAGCAGCGAUAUGAGCUCGGCAGCUUAUUCCGGCCCGCACAAUCCACCUGUGCCACCGCCACACCCUGCCAUUGCUCUCGGGUUCGCCCAGAGCAGCUUUACUUACGGUGAUCUGGCAGCCGCGACGGGAGGAUUCUCCAAUGCUAAUUUGUUAGGACAGGGUGGGUUUGGCUUCGUUCACGAGGGAGUCUUGCCAAAUGGGAAGGAAAUAGCGGUGAAGAGUCUCAAAGCUAACAGUGGGCAAGGGGAGAGGGAAUUCCAAGCCGAAGUCGACAUUAUCAGUCGAGUCCAUCACCGCCAUUUGGUGUCUCUCGUUGGAUAUUGUAUUGCCGGAUCACAAAGGAUGCUGGUUUACGAAUUUGUUCCCAACAAUACACUUGAGUAUCACCUUCAUGGACCCGGCCGCCCUGUCAUGGACUGGCCAUCUAGGAUCAAAAUUGCACUUGGAUCGGCCAAAGGUUUUGCUUACCUGCAUGAAGAUUGCCACCCUCGCAUUAUCCACAGAGACAUUAAAGCAGCAAACAUUUUACUUGACAAUAACUUUGAAGCUAAGGUGGCUGAUUUUGGCCUGGCUAAGCUUUCUUCUGAUAAUUACACACACGUCUCAACCCGCAUCAUGGGAACGUUUGGGUACUUAGCUCCUGAGUACGCCGCAAGCGGGAAGCUCACUGAGAAAUCUGAUGUCUACUCUUACGGAGUUGUGCUCCUGGAGCUUAUUACUGGAAGACGCCCUGUGGAUGUCAGCAGUGAUGACGAUAGCUUAGUUGACUGGGCACGACCUAUACUGGGGAAAGUGAUAGAUGGUGGAAGCUUUGAAGAAUUGGUGGAUCCAAAUUUGGGAGACAAAUAUGAUCCUUCGGAGAUGAUGCGUAUGGUUGCCUGUGGUGCUGCAUGCAUCAGACAUUCUGCAAGGAGACGUCCAAAAAUGAGCCAGAUUGUUCGUGCACUGGAAGGCGAUGUAUCACUGGAAGAUCUAAAUGAAGGAGUGAAACCUGGACACAGUGCAUUGUUUGGCUCCAGUAGCAGUUCUGAGUACGAUAGCUCAUACCACACUGACCUAAAAAAGUUCAUGAAGAAGACAGGAUUGUCUAGCCAAGAAUUCACAAGUAGCGAGCAUGGGGAGUACGCCCAUUCUAGUGGUGAAUCACAAGAAAUCCAUCCCAGGACUAGGAGCCGAAGCCACACACCUUGAAUCGAUAAACCUACAUUCCCAAAUCCCCUGGUUCGUGAGAAGGAGGAGAAGGAGAUCCCCAGUUUUCCCAAAAAUUCAAUCUUUACAGAACAACGUUAAUGCAUUACGAAGUAUUUAGUUAUAGUCAAUAUUAUGAACUCAUUUACAAUGCUGACGACACAC